CCCUCCCCCCACCCUCGCUGCUGACGUCUGGCUCUGCCCGUCUGAAAACUCCGCGCCGCGGCGGAUGCGGCGGCUUUCAGGGGCUCGGCAGCGGCAGCCGCGGCGAAGAUGGUGGCGGCUCCGUGCGCUCGCAGGCUGGCCCGGCGCUCGCACUCGGCGCUCAUCGCGGCGCUCACCGUGCUGCUCCUGCAGACCCUGGUGGUGUGGAAUUUCAGCAGCCUGGACUCCGGCGAGGAGCAGCGGGCCGGCGGCGGCCGGGAGAAGCGGGACCGGGGCGGCGGCGCCGGUGAGAGCAGCGACCACCGGGCGCAUCAGCACCGCAGAGGACCUGCUGCAUUCCACAGCAAGGCGCUGGACCAGCCACCCCGUCCCUACACCGGCUUGGAGACCCAGGAUGGUUAUUUUUCCCACCGGCCAAAAGAGAAAAUGCGAACAGACAGCAAUAAUGAAAACUCUGUACCCAAGGACUUUGAAAAUAUUGAUAACAGUAACUUUGCUCCCAGGACUCAGAGGCAAAAAUACCAGCCUGAACUGGCGAAGAAGCCUCUUAGCAAGCAGAAGGAGCACUUGAAAAAGAAACUGGAGCAAGAAGGAAAGGUGAAGGAGAACUCACUCCUGGGGAAGACCUCCAAUGAAGUGCUUCAGUUCAGCCAUCAUGAUGUAAAGAAUAGCAGCAGCAAUUUGAAGGAGAUUCACAGGUCUCCCAGACAGCCUCCUUUAAAAAGGAGUGGGAACAGCUCCCCUGAAAUAAGAUACGACCAGCCACCAAAAUGUGAAAUAUCGGGCAAGGAGGCACUUUCAGCUCUGUCUCGGUCCAAAUCCAAGCACUGUCGGCGGGAGAUUGCAGAGAUAUACUGUCAACACAAGCAAGGAAAGCUGAUGCCUGAGAACGUGAUGCGUCUGUGUCCCCUGGAUGGAAAAGCCAACAACAAUGUACUAUGGGAUGAGGACUCCGUAGAAUACAUGCCUGCCAACCCAGUCAGGAUCGCAUUUGUCUUGGUUGUUCAUGGCAGAGCUUCUCGGCAGCUCCAACGCAUGUUUAAGGCUAUUUACCAUAAAGACCAUUUCUAUUACAUUCAUGUUGACAAGCGAUCCAAUUACCUACACCGGAAAGUGCUCCAGUUUGCUAGCCAGUAUCCGAAUGUGAGAGUCACCCCUUGGCGAAUGGCAACUAUCUGGGGAGGAGCAAGUCUUCUGUCCACCUAUCUACAGAGUAUGAGGGAUUUAAUUGAGAUGAAUGACUGGUCCUGGGAUUUCUUCAUUAAUCUUAGUGCCGCCGACUAUCCCAUCAGGACAAAUGAUCAGCUAGUAGCAUUCCUGUCCAGGUAUCGCAAUAUGAACUUCUUGAAGUCGCAUGGGAGGGACAAUGCAAGGUUUAUUAGAAAACAAGGUCUGGACAGGCUUUUCCUAGAAUGUGAUACACACAUGUGGCGCCUUGGAGACCGGAAAAUCCCAGAAGGAAUCACUCUGGAUGGAGGAUCAGACUGGUUCCUAUUGAACAGGAAGUUUGUGGAGUAUGUCAUCUUUUCCAGUGAUGAUCUGGUGACAAAGAUGAAGAGGUUCUAUUCGUAUACUUUGCUUCCCGCUGAGUCCUUCUUUCAUACUGUCCUGGAAAAUAGCCCUCACUGUGACUCCAUGGUGGACAACAAUUUGCGUAUCACUAACUGGAACCGUAAACUGGGCUGCAAAUGUCAGUACAAGCACAUUGUUGAUUGGUGUGGCUGCUCUCCUAAUGAUUUCAAACCAGCAGACUUCCACAGAUUUCAGCAAACCGCCAGGCCAACGUUCUUUGCCCGCAAAUUUGAAGCCGUGGUGAAUCAAGAAAUCAUCGGCCAGUUGGACUAUUAUUUGUAUGGUAACUACCCAUCUGGCACGCCAGGCCUCAGGUCGUACUGGGAGAAUAUAUAUGAUGAGCCCGACGGCAUCCAUAGCCUCAGUGAUGUCAUUCUGACCAUGUAUCACUCAUUUUCCCGCUUGGGCCUAAGGAGAGCUGAGACGUCAUUGCACGCUGAUGGAGACAACAGCUGCCGGUACUAUCCCAUGGGCCAUCCAGUUUCAGUCCAACUCUACUUCCUCGCUGAUCGUUUUCAGGGCUUCCUAAUCAAACAUCAUGCAACAAAUCUGGCUGUCAGUAAACUAGAGACUUUGGAAACUUGGGUGAUGCCAAAGAAAAUGUUUAAGAUUGCUAGUCCACCAAGUGAUUUUGGAAGGCUGCAGUUUUCAGAGAUUGGCACUGACUGGGAUGCCAAGGAAAGGAUAUUUCGGAACUUUGGAGGACUUAUUGGGCCGAUGGAUGAACCAGUUGGCAUGCAGAAGUGGGGAAAAGGCCCUAAUGUCACAGUCACUGUGAUCUGGGUGGACCCUAUCAAUGUAAUCGCAGCUACAUAUGAUAUCCUUAUUGAAUCUAGUGCAGAAUUUACUCACUACAAACCACCUUUGAAUUUGCCACUGCGGCCUGGAGUCUGGACCAUUAAAAUUCUGCAUCGCUGGGUACCUGUUGCUGAAACCAAAUUCCUUGUUACUCCUCUUACAUUCUCCAACAGGCAACCUAUCAAACAAGAAGACUCCAUGAAGUUGCAUAGUGGGCCUCCUAAGAACGCAUACAUGGAGCAGAGCUUCCAAGGCUUGAAUCCAGUUUUAAAUAUUCCUAUCAAGGCAGCUCAAGUGGACCAGGCAAAAAAAAAUGCAGCACUCGUAGGUACCAAGCUGGAGAACUGGGUGGACACCUUGGUCAGCAGCAUAUGGUCAGCGGUGGAUGUCUGUAGCACAGGUCCAACUUCCUGUCCAGUCAUGCAGGCUUGCAGUCAAACAGCCUGGAGCUCCCUGAGCCCAGACCCUAAGUCAGAGCUGGGUCCCAUUAAACCUGAUGGGCGUUUGAGGUAGCAUCUGGUAUACCCUUCUUUGGCACAGAUUUUAAAAGAGAAUUUAACCUUGCUUAUAUAUGAAUCCGACUUCAGAUUCCAAAACCUCAAUGAAACUUUCUGUUGUCUAUUUCUCAUCUCUAUAUAUAAUUUUUAAAAAUCUGGCAAAAUCUUUGGCAUUGUUUCUCCUUCAGAUCCAUCGGUCUAAGCUUCAGUAGCACUGUGCAUCUCCUCUGUAUCUUUUACAGAGGCACAACCUUACUUCAUUCCCUUUGUAUCUAAAAGGCUCCAACAUUUUCUUGCUCUGAUUAUGAAAUGGUAACAUAGCAUGUCUGAUAUGUUCAGAGGGUAAAAAAGGAGCAGCUGCUAAAAAUAUCUUCUGUCCAAAACACCUAUGUAUAUUUUGAAUAUUUUACAUUUUAAUUAUUUUGCUAACAUAAAUAACCAGAAACUCCAAUAUAUCUUUCAUGUGAAGAAUGAUCUAUAAAAUAUGGUCAAAAUGUUUUACAAGAUGUAAAAAAAUUGGGACACACCCUGACUAUUUGUAUAAUGUUAAGAAAUUCUAGGUUUGAUUCAUCAUUGUGUUAACUCCAGUUUCAGACCAGAGUGCAUCACACUGGCAAAGAAACCAGACUAACAGAGUGGUGAAUUAGGCUUCCUCUCUCUUUUUAGAGGUCAGACAUUCUCAUCUAUUUGAUGAUCUCUGAACAAAAUGAGUGUUAUAAAAUUAUAUAUUUUAUUCCUAUUAUGAUUAGUCAUCAGUCAUCACAAGGGCUGGGCACCACUUGCAGUAUUAAAAACAAGUAUUCUCAUUGCCCAAAGUCCAGAUUCUUGUCCCCAGUGAAAUCUGCAUUUUAAAAAAAUCCACACAGAACACCAUCUGCAUAUAAGCGGAUGUGCAAAUUCCACAUACAUCAGGGGGUUUGUGCAUGCAGCUUGUAUGUGUGGACGCUCAGACCCAGGCUGUGAUACUCACAUGGCAGCAUACCCUUUUUAGCUUGAUUGGGUUAAAUGGGCCAACUCACAGUGUAAGAUUCUACUCUGAGUUAGUCAAAGUGGCAGAAUCUGGCCCUUUAAUUAUUUUGGUUUGAAAGCUUUUCCAUUGAUUUCAGUGGGCGAAAGACUGGGACCUAAUUAUGCAGCAAGCUGAUUCUGCACUAUUUUAAGUAGUGGCUAACGAGUCUAACACUAAUUGCCUCUAUUGGUCCCAGACCUGCCAACAUUCACAAAGAAGGAUAGUUUUGAGAUUGCAUGGUACAUCUGGAAUGUUGUGGUGAGUGGCACCUUGAGUGUAAUGGAGAUUCCUGUCUGAAGCCAUGAAUUGAAUGAAGGAGAGCAAAUGCCAUUCUUCAGAGUGCUUUUAUUUUAUUUAUUUAUUUUUUAUCAACAAGCUCUAAUCUUGCGUGUAUUGACCCUUUUGACUCUUUGGCAGACUGCAUCCUGUUUUAAACAUGGAUGUGAUAUAUCAUUUGAACCUGAGUUUUCAACACUGAAAAAAAUCCAAUUUUAAAUUCUGAGGACUUUUAAAAAAGUUUUUCUUGUAUGCAAAUUCAUCUCCAGCUGAAGCAUUUUGCAUGCAAUGUGCACUUUUAUUUUGUGGUCCCUUGAGUACAAUGUACCCGGAAACUUCAAGGAACCUUGAUGGGUUUAAUUAUAAAAUGCCCUGUUAAUUUAAUAAAGUAAGGCGUCUGUUUUCCCUUCUGUGGCAUGUAUAACUUUCAUUACAGCUAAUGAGAGUUAAGCUCACGCAUCAGGGGGGAAAUAGGCCCUUAAAUCUUUUCAUAACCACAUAUCACAAAAAAAGGUUGAAUUCUCUUUUAAAUAAUGGUUGCAAAAUGACCAUAAAACAGAGAUCUCGAUGGCUUGUUAUAUUUUUCUCCAUUUGGUUUAAAGCUCCUGCAGUUUGCUUUGGACUUGAAAUUGCAAUGUCAGCUGUGCUGGCAUGAAGGCAGAGCAUUUAAAUGUUUAUCUGGAACAAAGGUGGAUACAUAGGAGGAACAGUUUAGAUAUUUAUUUUUUAUGUUUUAGUCAAUGACUAAUUAGUAGGUGCUGCUUUUGCAGCUUGAAGAUUUUAUCUUACUAACUAAAGCUGCCUUUAUUAAGAAAAGGCCUUUUCCUCCUCAGACCUCCUUUUCUUUCUACCUUCUUGAUUUUGACAGUCUGGGAUCUGUAGUUCUAGAAAAGCUUGUAGUUAUUAGAGCUGGUUGGAAAGUUUCUGUCUAAACAAUGUUCCUGUUUUUCAGCUGGCUCUAGUGAUGAGUAUGUUCAGACCAACAUUGUCAACAGGUUUAUAUAAUAGAAACACUUCUCUUUCAGUGCUUUUUUAAAAAUAAUCGUUUUUAUCUAACAUUCCAUUACAAAUGUCAAAUCUCCAGGGGACCACUAAUCUCCACUAUGAAUUUAGGGUUUUAGCCACAUUGACCCAAUGGGAAUUGCAAUGGCUAAAGCCCUGCAGAUCAAGUGGAGAUUAUCACAUUCAGUCAUGGAUUAGGGUAUAAAUAAUAAGAUUCAUCCACUCUGCUAGUCUUUAGAUCAUUCCAGUUAAAUCUGCUGAUGAAUUCAUGAGAUCUGGACUCUUGCGCACAUGCUCACACAGAGAGAUAAACAGGUUUUUAAAUUUGAUACCUUUUUUAUUAUUAAGAAGGAGUGUUUUUUUUAAUGCUUUGUUGGGAAGUUCUCGUUAUUAAAUUUCUCAAAUAGAAGUUGGAAACAUUCCAGUCUCUCUUUUAUGGAUAGAACAGUAGCCACCACUUGUAUCAUUUAAAAUAUAACGGAGUCAAAGGACUUUGUUUUAGUUCCUAUUUCACAAUUUUAAAAAAAAAAUUGUUGCUGACAUAAAUUUUAUGCUAUGUUGUAAACAUCUCAAAAGAAAUAUUUUAUAGUAUUUUAUUUUCUAAAUAACAAAAAGAGUCUAUAUGUAUAAGUACUGUAGCAAGCCGGCAAUGCCAGUGCUGCUAUUAAAAUACUAGAAGUAAAAAUCAAGGGUCAGAUCCCUGCAGUCCUUCUUAGGCAAACUUCUGUGGAUGGAUGAUUCUGAGUACGGUCUUUAGACUCAAGCCCAGCAUAACUGAAAGUCUGACACUGGGCUAUGAGUAAAGUCAGUAUGUGUUUAAAAACAGCAGAGAGUGAGACUCUUCAAGAGCUUCUCAGUUCACAGCAUUAUUUGAGGUGGGUGUCAAGCUUUACACCCAAAUGACCACAUUCUGCCAUAGCUAUUAAUCUGCAGAUGCAGAGGUAUAUAAAAUAUAUUGGACAGUAUGUCAUAAAGUUCUAUAAAUUAUGAAGUGAAAAAUCAUGGCAAGCAAGACAGUUUCCAUUUGCGAACAGAGCCUGCACCAAAAUUAUUGCUAAGGCAGUACUGCUAAGAUCUAGGUGCUGCUCAGUGGCUUUUCUGGUUCUAAAAUAGCAGGCACUUGAUACCUGUGAAUUUAGGGUAUCAAAAUUCACCCUAUUUUGAAUCGGUGAAUUUUGAAUGUCUUGUUAUGUCUUGUUAGAAGAGAAUAACUUCCACAGAUCUUACAUUUGGUAAAAAGGAGAAUUCAAAGCAGGGAGCCACAGUUUAUAUGAAACAAACAAGUUAUACGUGUGUUCAUUUGAAAGUUCUAGUAGUAUUUUCAGAGCAUGCUGGCUAGUGAUAUUUUAUAAGAUUCCAUUUGAAAGCCAGCUGUGACCAUAUGCCUUCCAUGGGAGAAGAGUGUAUUUCCAUAUGCACAUAUGGAGGGGACGGUAUUUCCAUAUGGACUGUGUGGAGUGAUGUGCUCAUUUAAACACCACGCCCCUGCUACUAGAUUAGAUAGACGUGCGACACUUGUACAAUCAACCAGCCUGAUUCAUGCCGGAAAGAAAUGUGGCAAAAUGCAGAACAUCUGCAUACAUUUUUUUAUGAAUUAAAUCCAAAGUCAGUCCUAGUGAUAUGCAGACCUGUUUAUGUGGUGAUAUUAUACCCUAAGGCUAACAGAAAUUAGUUCAAAGGACAGUUUAUUUUCUAGAUGUGGACCAAUUCUUUUUAUUUAUAAAAUUUGACUGGAUAUGGAGUAAUAAUAUUUAUAUAGUAGGUUUCUGAUGUGUGAUAUUUUUAGUAUUAAAAUCACAUCCUCAUUUUUGUUCUAUAUGGAGGGCUGAAGGGACAGAGUAUACUAACAAUUUUCUCAUUGGCAAAUACUACUAUAAGCUAUAUCUCUGUUGCUAAGUCUAGAGAGCUAGGUGUUUACAGUUGGGUAUAACAGAUUAACUUUCCUAGAUACUGGCUUUAACGCAAAAAAUCUUGCAAAUACCGUUGCUUUAAUGAUAUAUUAAUGGCGAUCCUGUAACACCUUCCAAAGGAUCAGCUAAUGUAUAUUCAGCCUCUGGCCAGCUUUUACAAAUCUAAUGGUACCAGUAACAUCACAAUCCCUUUUAUUCACUAUUAUAGGGAAGAGGGCGCUAGAGUCAGUAAUUCAGACAAAUAACUGAGAAAAUCCAAAACCUUCAAAAGGAGGUAAUGCAGGGUAAAGUAAAAACCAAAUCUUAGAAUAAGCGUGAGACAAAACUGGAUUUCUAUAUUGCAACAAAGGGGAAGCUAAACUCCUUCUUGUCUAUUUCACUCUAAGGCUCAGGAGAUCUUGGUUUUGACUUUUCUGAUUAAAAACAAAACCCAGCUUUUUAUUUUGUUUGGACUCUAUGGGGCAACUCUCCAUUGAUUCCAAUGGAGGCUACAGCCCUUACACCAAGGUUGAAUCAGGUCCCGCAGCUGGGAACAGGCUUCCCAGCACAGGUAGACAGACACACACUAGUUCUGCAGUGUGGCUGCAGCAGUUCGGGCUAACCACCCAUGUUCAUAUCCAGGGGGUCAUGCAGGUUUGUACCCAGGUUGCUAGCCCAAGCUGCCACCUGUGCCACCAUGGCCAUGGUGCUAUUAUUAGUGCAGUAGCUCGAGCACAUCCACUCUGGGAAGCAUGCUCCCAGCUGCUCUGUAGACGUGCUCUUAGUUUGAAAUAAAACUGUCAACUUGCCCAUAGCUACAAUGCCGUGCACCCUGACUUCCACAGAUUGCCUCUUACUCUCUGCUUGGAAGUAGCCGUGAGAAUGACUUCUGUCUUUCCCAGAAUUCCAAAGCUUAAAACAAUUGGCCAAACUUUUAUCUUCAGCUGAGUUGAGCUUAUACCAGGGCUGAAUUUGAAUUCCUGCUAAUCAUAAAGUAGCAUUUACCAUCUUGUACAAGUAGGUUAUACUAUGCUGUACAUCUGUAUUGUCAGGAGAAGUCAAGAAAACAAUGAUAUUUCAGCCAUUAACCUUUUGAGUGUUGCAACAUGAAGCCACAUCAGAGUGGCAGUUUUUAAAAACUGGAACAGAAGUCUUUCUGGACCCUCCCCCUUUUUUAUUUAAGAUUUACAGCUUGACCAUUUCAAUGUAUUACUUAGCUCUUAAAACAAAACCCUUUAUGAGUUUAAAUUGUUUGCGUUCUAAGAAUCCUAUUCUUCCCCUCAACCCGCAAAUGGGAAGAGGGGAGAAUACUCCCUCUGAAUGAAAGCAGGCCACUAUACCAUGAAGCCACAGCGCAGCUUUUGUGGCUCUAAUGUAUAUCAAAAAGAGAACACAUCCAUUUGUGGUCACGGGGCAGAACUGUCUUGCCACAGGCUCGGUUGUUUUCAGUGAUUUUAGAUUUAUUAUUAAACAAAAGCUGGCUGUAGAUCAGAGAGUAA